ACGACCACAAACGACCGUGUGCAGAACCUGGAGAACCGCGCCUGCUAGCUCUGUGCUGCACGAUUGAGGGAACAUUUUCACGGUUCUGGCUAGAUUGCAUAGGCAUUCGAUUCCAAUCCAUUGCAAACCUUUGGCGAGGCACCUCAGCACUUGUUGCGGUUCGUUAUUAUUCCACCAGCAGAGAGCUGCUAAAUAAUUCCAGAAAGAAUAGCGCGCGCGUUUUGUGGAGGUUUUGCGUGUUAGAACCAAGUUUGGAACCAACAUUUGGAUUUUUAGUCGGAAGGACGCGACCUUGAUCGAAAUGUCGGAUAAACCCAAUGACCAAACGGAUAUGAAAAAUUCGGUGGAAAUCCCUCUGGCAGGACAAAGCGCCGAAGGAGCAGCAAAGAAGCCUCCGUGGUUGGCGCUGAAGAAGUACGUGAACGCGAAAAAUGUUCGAAGAUUGCUCAAAGUUGGACAAGUGCUCAUUGGAUUGCUCAUUCUGGCGUUGAUCCGUCCGAAGAACCGCUGCGGAUUCACCUACUCGCAUCAGGGUCUGCCGGAGUAUGUGCUGAUCUUGCUCACCUACUUGGUCACCGUUGUGACCCUGAUCCUGCUGGUAGAUUCCUUCAUCAAGGGUCAACCCAUACGAAAAGUUUUCACCUUGGAGCUUUGGUCCCGUUUGGAGCUCUGGUUCACCGGUUUGGUGGCCUUGGUCCUCCAUAUCGUGUCCUACUUCGUGCUGGCAUUGAACAUCAACUGCACCUACCCUUCGUCGAUGAACAUCACCGGAAUCACUUUCGGGUUGAUCGUUUCCGGUCUGUACUUGGCGGAUUGGUGGCGCAUCUUCAGCGACCGGAAACAACCCAAGCAGGACGAAAGCUUCGAAGAGAUCAACAUCACUUCGAGCUAAGAAGUGACCGCAAGCCGGAGAAAUCUCACAAUAAUUAUACCAUUCAAACUUCCUAUUCUACACGUGACCAAAACCAAAGCAUACUCUCCAUAACAGUAGCUAAAUUAAUUAAUUUAAAUUGCACGACACCGUGCCAUAUUCAUGUGUGAUUGUAUGGAAUUGCCGUGUUUUCUCUAUCUCUCGGGUGGAGCAAUUCUUCCGUGUAAUAAGUUUGCCGUUCACAUAUAUCAGGAGAAGACGGGGCCAACUAUUUUAACCCGUCAACCAUUAAACAUAUUUCUCGAAUUGUUCGCAAAAACGGAGACAUAUAGUUAUACAGUACAAGUCGUAUUUAAUCAAAUUAAUCUAGAUAGUUUGAGGUAUUUUUAUUUAGGCUAAGGAAGGCUUUUGGAAUGCAAAUAUUUUUAUUUAUCUAUAUGCAUGUGCCAUAUCAGCUCUAUCAAUAAACUCGUGGAUAAAUGUA